AUGCCGUCUUUCACAUUAAGCAAGCUGUGCAAAAAGCUUUCGUUUUCUGCACUCCAAGCAUUAGUUCUCUUCAAUUCCCUCCAUAAAUCCCUCAAAACUCUUCAAAAUUUCCUAAUUCACGGAUCGCAUCUUUUGAUCUUCACCUGCCAUGAUGAUGCUUAGAAUCCGUAGCCGAGACGGCCUUGAGCGCGUCUCCGUCGACAACUCCAACAUUACCGUUUCCCAGCUCAAAACCCUAAUUAAAAACCAGCUUCAAAUUCCAAUUCAUAACCAAACCCUGUCUACUAACCAAAACCUACUCUUGGCCAAAACCCCUUCUGAUCUCCUCAAAUUCUCUGACAUGUCUGACCCCAAUACCCCUCUGUCUGCCCUCAACUUUGUGCAUGGCUCUAUUGUCUUCUUGGCCUAUGAGGGCGAGAGGACCAUAGCUGGACCCGCUAUUCAUCCCGCUGGAUCCUUCGGCCGCAAGAUGACUAUGGAUGACCUAAUUGCCAAACAAAUGCGAGUUACCAGACAAGAAAAUCCUCAUUGUGAUUCGGUGUCUUUCGAUCGGGAAUGUGCCAAUGCAUUCCAGCAGUAUGUUAACGAGACGCUUGCAUUUGCUGUGAAAAGGGGCGGGUUUAUGUAUGGAACGGUGUCUGAGGAAGGGAAAGUGGAAGUGAAUUUUAUAUAUGAGCCGCCCCAGCAGGGCACAGAGGAAAUUCUCAUGCUUUUAAGGGAUCCCCAUGAAGAGAAUUUGGUGGAUGCGAUCGCAGCGGGUUUAGGGAUGAGGAGAGUGGGGUUUAUAUUUACACAGACGAUAACGCAGGACAAGAAAGAUUACACUUUGUCCAACAGAGAGGUUCUGCAGGCUGCAGAACUGCAUGCAGAGAGUGAGUUGAAGGAGUGGGUGACAGCAGUGGUGAAACUGGAAGUGAAUGAAGAUGGUGGAGCCGAUGUGCAUUUUGAGGCGUUUCAGAUGAGUGAUACUUGUAUUAAACUGUUUAAGGAAAAGUGGUUUGAGACAGAGAUUGGGGAGGAUAUGGAUCCUAAGUUGUCAAAAAUGAAUAAGGAUGUUGUUGUUGGAGGAAAGGAUGUUAGGGAGGUUGAUAAUGAUUUUUUCUUGGCCGUAGUUAAGAUUCUCGAUCAUGCGGGUCCUCUUUCAUCAUCUUUUCCCAUUGAGAAUAGGAUCAACCAAGUGACAGAGAGGGCGUUGAAGAAUCAUCUGGACCGUACAAAGAAUCUUCCAUUUGUGAAAAGAAUUUCUGAUUUUCAUCUGCUGCUCUUUGUGGCCAGGUUUCUAGAUCUCAAUGAUGUUCCUGCAUUAGCAGAGUGUGUGCAAACACAGGCAACAGUCCCAGAAGGUUACCAACUCAUAAUUGUUUCCAUGGCAAAUGCUUCUUGAACUGCACAGAUACAUACAGACAAAAUCGCAAAACCUGGAACUAUGCAUUUGGUUAAAUUGGGCCCUGGAGCAAUCUGAAUUUAUUUGUGCUGCCACUUGGUGGCAAGGAGGGGCACAGAUGCCCCAGCAACUUAAAUUACACAAUGUCUAUAUGUACUGCCAGUUUAUCUAUUUAAAUUAAGGUGUCCGGGAUUUGAUGUUUA